GGCAGGCGGCGCGGCGCCGUCCCGCGGCCGUCGGCGCAGCGCACGGCGCCCCCGGCGGCGCUGCACACGACGGCCGAGCCCGAGCGCACCACGGUCAUGAUGCGCAACCUGCCCAACAACUACUCGCGCAGUAUGCUGCUGGAGUUGCUGGACCAGGAGGGCUUCGGCGGCAGGUACGACUUCCUGUACCUCCCCAUCGACUUCAAGUCGAGCGCAUGCCUGGGUUAUGCUUUUGUCAACCUCGUUGAUCCGAGCGUCGUCCCCGCCUUCUGGAGCAAGUUCGACGGCUUCUCCGACUGGGUCCUGCCAUCUAAGAAGGUGUGCCAGGUGAGCUGGACCGGACCGCACCAGGGGCUGGACGCCCAUAUCGAUCGGUACCGCAACAGCCCCGUGAUGCACCCCUCGGUGCCAGACGCGUACAAGCCCGCGGUUUUCAAGGGCGGGAAGAUAGUGCCUUUCCCGGAGUCCACCAAGGCCACGCACGCGCCCCGCGUCCGCAACAAGCCCCCGAGCGACCCGGACGCGCCGCACGGCCCGCGGGCGUGAAUUGGACCCGCGCGUCGACGCCGGGCCAGCGGGGCGCGCCUGCGGAGGAGCAGGAGGAGAGGGGGACGCGGAGGACGAGGAGGAAGAGUCAGGAACGCGGGGCUUCGCCGCCGCAGCGUUGGGGCCUGCGGCCCUCCUGCUCGCCGUUCUUGUCCUCCUGCUGCUCCUCCUCCUCGUCGUCCUUCUUCCUCCUCCUUCCUC